AUGAUCCGUUCAUCAACAACCCGUCUGGUGGCGGCCCAGCCUCUGGGAGCCUCGUCGUCGACUCUGGUGCGUCGUCUCCCCUGGGUCACGACGACGCGAUGCCUUUCGCAGACACACCAGCGCCGGCAAGAGGACGACAGCAGCAGCAGCUUCAAGCCCAAGUCCCGCGCGCUUCUGGAGAACCUGUACGGUGCGCGCCAGGCUCCCUCCGGGCAGUCGCAGUCGCAGUCGCAGUCGCAGGAGAAGAACUCGAUGGCAUCCCUAUCGCAGUCGUCGGUGUUCAAGGCCAUGAACCAGUCCGGGGUGGACACCAGCUCUCUGAUGGGGGGCAGCACGUCGUCGUCGGGGGCGGCGUCAGCACGGUCCAAGGAGGACCUCGAGCCCUACCACCUGCACAUCUACUCGCACAAGCAUAACACGCACGUCACCUGCACGAAACCUAACCGCGAGCCCAUCAUCUCCCUCUCGGCAGGCAACCUCGGAUACCGCAAGUCGAGGCGCGGAACCUACGACUCGGCCUACUCACUCACCAAGUACCUGAUUGAGCGUCUGAUCCACAACGGCUGGCCCAUGAAGAUGAAGAGGCUCGAGGUGGUGCUCCGUGGCUUCGGCCAGGGGAGGGAGGCCGCCCUCAAGGUCAUCAUGAGCCCCGAGGGCAAGGUCCUGCGCGACAAGAUUGUCCGUGUGGCUGAGUCGACCAGGCUCAAGUUUGGUGGGACCAGGAGCAAGGCACCCAGGCGUCUGUAA